AUGGCGCCGCCCGACUCCAUCUCCACGCGCUCCUCCCUCCCCCUCGCCGCUGCGCCCAUGUCCGACCCGACCCCCAUUCCCUCCGCUGCGUCGCCGCCUCCAAACCCGCUCGCUGCCGCCGCGUCCUUCCUCCAGCACCACCUCUCCCGCUUGGCUUCCCACCUGAACGCCCCGCGCCCCGCCCUCGCCGCCGCGGCCGCGCGCACGCCGGGCCCCCAGGGCACCUCCCUAUCUCUCGCGCUCGCGCCCGAUGAGGUCGCGCGCGCUCUCACCGGCACUCCCGUCUUCACUGUCUGCAACUCCAGCAACGAGUUUGUGCUCGUCUCCGACCCUGCCACCGGCCUCCGCUCCCUCGGCCUCCUCUGCUUCCGUUCGGAGGACGCCGACGCCCUCCUGUCGCAUGUGAGGACGCGGCAACCGAUGCUAGGGAAGGGGGCAAAAGUGGUGCCUAUUACACUUGAUCAGGUCUAUAUGUUGAAGGCUGAAGGUAUUGCAUUUCGGUUCUUACCCGACCCUCUUCAAAUAAAGAAUGCACUGGAGAUGAAAUCGGGCUUAACUGCUUUUGAUGGUGUUCCUGUUUUUCAGUCAGAUCUUCUGGUUGUGAAGAAGCAGAAGAAGCGCUACUGUCCAAUAUAUUUUCAAAAGGAAGACAUAGAAAGAGAACUUACAAGGGCUUCCAAAGGUUCAAGAGGGUCAGCCUUGUCUAAGCAAAUUAUGGUUGGGAGUUUGGAGGAUAUCCUGAAGAAAAUGGAGAUAAAUGAGAGGAAUUCUGGCUGGGAUGAUUUAAUCUUUAUACCCCCUGGGAAGAGCCUCAACCAACAUAUCAAUGAGGCGUGA